AUGUCUGGGAUUAUUUUUGCCCGGACUGUGGCUUUGCGGCCACUUCAACAAGUUCGCUUUGCUUCCAGACUUGAGUAAGUUAAUAUUUUUGAUAAUUUCAUUUAUUCUACCUGUUCGAACUGGACAGUUUUUAAGUAAAAUGUCGUAUAUUGUAUUCCUAAUCUAUUUAACGAUAAAAACCGGAAUUUUGUGUUUUCAGGCAAAGACCAGAUUUGUCUUUGUUCAAGGAGAUCAAUCAACUUGCCCGUAACGGUCAAUGGGAUGCCAUCAACAAUGCUCCACCACGUUACAAGUUCUUUAACAGAGAACAGUCAUCGUAUACGGCGUGGAACAAGUUGGUAUGUUUUUUUAAUUAGUUUGCUUUUGAUUUUUAGGUAAUAUUCAUGUUACACUAGGCGUCUGGGACGAUAAACAAUUUUUUCAUAUUUUACCAAGUUUUACUAUUACUGUUUGUGCACAAAUAGUUAAAGUAUAUCAUUAAAAGUAUUACUUUAAUAGUUUUACGUGCAACGGUCACUUGUUUUAUGUUUGAGGUGGAUAAUUUAUAUUACCCUUGACAUUUAAUGUUAUUUUCGAUGUUCUAAUCGUUUUAUUAGCUUUUACUAAACUUAUUUAGUACAAUAUGUUUAAGAAGGCUGUUUUAUCAGUUAUUUGACCAAACUUGCUAACAAACAAUCUCAUUAAUCCUAUUUAAGGAGCCAAAAACUGGAUUAUUCGAUCGUUUCCCCGAAGGAUGUGAAGUCAGAAACAUUGUCACUUUGAUUGGUCUUGUCUGUUUUUUCAAGCUCUUGAACAUUGGCUACAACACUUUUGUGCCUCAAGAAUACAGAUGGCAAUUGAAACGAAUUCAGGCGUCAGUUUCGCACCAUUUGGACGAUGGUCGGGACGGCGAUCGCGGAAAUCACGGUGGAGAAAAUCACUAG